AGGUGCGAUUACAGUAUGUUCAUCAACUUUAUAUCAUAUUUAAUGUCCAUCUCCAUUAUAGCAACAUGGACGACUUAAGCUAUCUGAACAACCCACAACUGGCGCCAUACACAUUCGUAACCAUUAAUGAUGUCAUAAAGAAAAACGCUGCCUCCAUACCAGACACUGAGGCGUUCGUCUAUCGGCCAGCCUCUGGACCUCGCCAGAGCAUCACUUACACGGAACUGUAUGAUAGGGCUACAGGAGUGGCCCGAUUUCUCGUGUCGUCGGGAGUCAAAAUACAGGACAAAGUCGGCCUCUUCGGUCCAAACUCGCUGGCUAGAGUGGUGGCGGAAUUCGGUAUUCUUUUGUCUGGAGCUGUAGUCCUCCAACUUAACAUUGAGUUUAAAAACGCCAUGGAUGCAGUCGACAUUCUAAACAAGAGUGAUUGUCGGCUGUUAUUUGUUGAUCCGGGAAAUGAUGACAACUUACUUCCUGUAAUCGAAUCACUGGAAAGCACUAACGAAAAUAAUCCACAGAAUCGACAAUACAUAUUCCUACGGAGAACGAAUUUCUCACAUCUCGUACAUACUGAUAUCGACGAGAUAGUAAAAUCCGUGGAUGUUGACGCUGUCUUACCGGAAGUGCGUCCUGAAGAUGACGCUUUGAUCUUUACUACUUCCGGUAGCACAGGAAAACCUAAAAUGGUGGUGCAUUCUCACCUUUUCGCAACACGGAUACUGCAGCUAAUUCCUGAACAAAUUGCCGUCAACAGAAUAACUUAUAACGACCGCCCAUUUUGUUGGGUCGGUGGAUCAGUACUGGUAUCUAGUAUGCUGGGACAUACCAAAGUAUUCAUGGACUCAAAUCUAGCAACAGCGGAGAAUGGGGUGAAGAAAAUCUGGGAUAUUAUGAGGGAGGAAAAGGUAAAGAGUGCUUACAUGAUGCCGUAUACAAUUCACGAUUGGAUCGCGGAGAAGAUGAAUAUCCCUGAUGAUGGAUUUAGGUUGGAAAUGAUAACAACAGGUGGUCAGAUUCUAAAUGGUUUCUACACUCAGGUAGUUGGUAGAUUCUGUAGAGUACUUAUGAUAGGGUAUGGGUCAUCAGAGUCCGGUGGUGUGGCGGUUUCAAGUCCGAUUUAUGAGGGCGACGUUUUUGAAACCGGCAAAAUAGGUCCUCCUGUUCCUGGUGUGGAGAUCAGGAUUGUAGAUGAAGAUGGAUGCCUUGUUCAAAGAGGAAGCCCAGGUAAUAUUGAAGUUAGGAGUGCCUAUCUGAUGAAGCGGUAUCAUGCAGACACUGCUAUGACUGAUGCAAUAUUCACUACAGAUGAGCCACCAUGGUUAAAAACAGGAGAUGUCGGACUACUGACGGCUUCCGGUGACGUAAUUGUCCGCGGAAGAAGGAGUGAAACCAUAUCGCGCGGAGGUAGGAAGAUAUUACCUGGUGCUGUAGAUGAUGUGCUCAAAGGCGUGGAAGGCGUAAACCACGUGACCACGGUGGCUGUACCAGAUGCCCGGAUGUAUGAGGAAGUGUGCGUUUGUUUUGUGUCCUCUACUCUGACUCCUGGGGACGUACAAAGUUUCUGUGAACAUAAAUUCGUGAACAAAGAUUCGUUGGACGGUAUGGGAUACAUGCCGAGAUACUUCCUCAAGUUUGAUGAAUUCCCAAUGACGUACACAGGAAAGACUGACAUGGCAAAACUAAAAAUGGAGGCUACGCGGAAACUGAAUCUUGUAGAGUGAAAAUAACAUGAUGGGUUUUAGAAAACUCAAAAGUCAGGCCGGUGGUUACUAACAAUCAACUGACAUAUUAUAUAUAUAUAAGAAUUGUUUAGGUGUCACGAUCCCCUGUAUAAAUAUAGAUGAUAAACUAAUAUUUUUGUCAUUCUCCGUAUAUCAAAAUAGUUUGCAGAAUCAUGGAUGUUUAUCUCUUCUACAAAGAGAAACCACUCUCGCAACCUGAUUUUACAUUCCUCUUUCUCAUUUGUGAGGUCUGUCUAGUGACACGUACUAAUUACAUUAUAAAAGAACGCCAAGGCAAUGAAAACCAAAUGUUUUGGUUUGUUUUGG